AUGGACUCUGCUGCAGCUUCGAUGGAGCUCAAGGACAACACGGUCAUCGUGGUCCUUGGUGCCUCUGGAGACUUGGCUAAGAAGAAGACUUUCCCUGCUCUGUUUGGUCUCUACCGCAACCAGUUCCUCCCUCAGAACAUUCAGAUUGUCGGAUAUGCACGGACAAAGAUGGACCACGCCGAGUACAUCAAGAGAGUCCGAUCAUACAUCAAGACACCCACCAAGGAUCUCGAGAGACAACUCGACGAGUUCUGCCAACUUUGCACAUACGUCUCUGGUCAAUACGACAAGGAUGAGUCCUUCCAGGAGCUCGACAGCCACCUGAAGAAGAUCGAGGAGGGCCGCAAGGAGGCCCACCGCCUGUUCUACAUGGCCCUUCCUCCCAGUGUCUUUACUAUCGUAUCCCAGCACCUCAAGAGAUGCUGCUACCCCAAGAACGGCAUUGCCCGUGUCAUUGUUGAGAAGCCAUUCGGUAAGGAUUUGGCCAGCUCUCGGGAAUUGCAAAAGUCGCUCGAACCCGACUGGAGCGAGGCAGAGCUUUUCCGUAUCGACCACUACCUCGGAAAGGAGAUGGUCAAGAACAUUCUGAUCCUGCGCUUUGGAAACGAGUUCUUUGGCGCCACCUGGAACAGACACCACAUCGACAACGUUCAAAUCACAUUCAAGGAGCCCUUCGGCACCGAGGGCCGUGGCGGCUACUUUGAUGAGUUCGGUAUCAUCCGUGACGUCAUGCAGAACCACUUGCUCCAGGUCCUGACGCUGCUCGCCAUGGAGCGCCCGAUCUCCUUCUCCGCCGAGGAUAUCCGUGACGAAAAGGUCCGUGUGCUCAGGGGAAUUCCCGCCAUUGAGCCCAAGAACGUCAUCAUUGGCCAGUACGGAAAGUCUCUGGAUGGCAGCAAGCCUUCCUACAAGGAAGAUGACACUGUUCCCAAGGACUCGAGAUGCCCUACUUUCUGCGCUCUUGUUGCCUAUAUCAAGAACGAGAGAUGGGACGGUGUACCCUUCAUCAUGAAGGCUGGCAAGGCCUUGAACGAGCAAAAGACGGAGAUUCGAAUUCAGUUCAAGGACGUUACUAGCGGUAUCUUUAAGGACAUCCCUCGCAAUGAGCUCGUCCUGCGCAUCCAGCCAAACGAGAGUGUCUACCUCAAGAUGAACUCCAAGCUGCCCGGUCUUAGCAUGCAGACUGUCUUGACCGAGCUUGACCUGACCUACCGUCGCCGCUUCUCCGACUUGAAGAUCCCCGAGGCUUACGAGUCUCUGAUUCUGGACUGCCUCAAGGGCGACCACUCCAACUUUGUCCGUGACGAUGAGCUCGAUGCUAGCUGGAGAAUCUUCACUCCUCUCCUGCACUACCUCGAUGACAACAAGGAGAUCAUCCCCAUGGAGUACCCUUACGGCUCGAGAGGCCCCGCUGUUCUGGAUGACUUCACUGCUAGCUACGGCUACAAGUUCAGUGAUGCAUCUGGCUACCAGUGGCCGACUACUUCGGCUAUCCCCCCUAACAAGUUGUAA